CUCCAUAUGGCAACCGACCAUAUAUCAACAACUCAGCGUGAUUGUUGACAGCUGACGUAUAUUAUUUUUGCCGGUCUAAACACGAAUAAUGUAAAAUAUUAUCUUAAAAAAGUGUUCCACGAAUAAUCUAAUAUAUCAUCUCAAAAGAGCUAUUUUAAUAUAUUUUUUAUUUAACAGUACAAUGAAAAUUGCUGUUCUGCAUCCUGAUUUAGGAAUUGGUGGUGCUGAGAGACUUAUUGUUGAUGCAGCUCUUGCUAUCAAGUCCAAAGGCCAUAAACUUUGUAUAUUCACUACACAUCAUGAUCCAAACCAUUGCUUUGAAGAAACUAAAAACGGAUCGCUUGAGACUUUUGUUGUUGGUGAUUGGCUUCCUAGGAAUAUAUUUGGGAAAUUCACUGCAGUUUGCGCUUAUUUUCGAAUGAUAUAUGCUGCUUUUUAUCUUACUUUCUUUAGUGAUUUUCACCCUGAUAUGGUUGUUUGUGAUAUAAUUUCAGCUUGCAUUCCUGUGUUUAAGUUAAAGAAUAUCAAGGUUGUUUUUUAUUGUCAUUUUCCGGACCAACUGUUAACUGAUAGAAAAUCGUGGUUAAAAUACUUAUACAGAUUACCAUUAGACUGGUUGGAAGAGAAGACAACUGGACUAGCAGAUACCGUUUUAGUUAAUAGCAAUUUUACUGCACAAGUAUUUAAGAAGACAUUUUCCAGUCUACGUGAGUUAAAUAUAAAAGUCAUUUAUCCUACAAUUGAUGUGAAUGCUCUUCUAAGACCUAUUCAAGAUGCAGAACUAGAAAUAAAAACCAAAGCAACAACUAUUUUUUUAUCUAUCAAUAGAUAUGAAAGAAAGAAGAACAUAUCACUGGCUAUUGAUGCUCUAGGGCAUCUGAAAAAAUUAAUGUCCCCUGAUGAGUUCAAAGUUCAUCUUAUUAUAGCUGGUGGUUUUGAUGAGAGAGUAAAUGAGAAUAAGGAAUACUUUGAAGAACUGAAGACGCAUGCUGAGCUGCUUGAAUUGCAAGACAAUGUAUCUUUCCUUAAAUCUCCGAAUGACAAUGCAAAACGAAUGCUUUUUCAUUGUUGUACUGCUGUUUUAUACACACCAUCAAAUGAGCAUUUUGGAAUUGUUCCCAUUGAGGCUAUGCUACUUGGUCGACCUGUGAUUGCAUGCAAUAGUGGUGGCCCUCUUGAAACUAUUUUAAAUGAACAAACUGGUUACUUAUGUGAUCCAACUGCUGAAUCAUUUGCUGAAAAAAUGGCGUUGUUGACACGGGAUCAUAGUUUAGCUCGUGAAUUAGGUACAAUAGCCUCUGAACAUGUGCGCCGUCACUUUGCUUUUCCCAUUUUUGCUUCAAAACUUAAUUCUGUUAUUGACAAUCUUUAAAAAAUUUAUAAUUGUUAUUUUAUUUUAUUUAUUUUUGUAUAAAGGUAACUGAUGUUCUGAGGAAAUAUUUUAAAUAUCUCUUGUUUCAUCAAUAUGAAUUUCUCCUUAAAUCAGGAGGGGGGAUUGUAUUCCAGGUUUUUCGUAUCAGUGAACGUGAAUUUUCCUUGAAUUUGGCGGUAUUCUGUUUUCUCAAUUUUCACACAAUUUAAAAUAAGAUUUAAGUAAAAAGUAAGAGCUCUGCUAUCUAAAAUUUAAAUUUUGAAACUUUCGCUAAAUCACGUUAACCGGACAUUUUCAUACCUAUGAUAUUUCAGCCAAUUCGAAUUUUUUUUUUGGUUUAUUGGACUUAUACCAUUUUUAAUUUUGAAAAUUAUGCAGAAAUCCGUUAUGAUCCCAUUCACAUGAUUUUAAUAUCAAACAUUGAUUUUCAUAUUUACCUGAUUUAAAAGUUACACAUUGUGAAUUGCAUUCACGCGAGUUAAAAAUCUAAUGUGGCUACUUGUUUUCAUGCAUUUCUGAUAUCAAACACUGAUUUUCAUAUUUAUACAUGAUUUGAAAGUUCGUAUUUAUUGUAAUUUGUAAUCACGAGAUCUAAAAGUCAUGUAUCGCUAUUCGUAUUGACACGAUUUAAAGAGUGAAUAUAGUGAUUUUUAUUUUCACGUUCUUAAAAUCCAGCAUUGCGCUUCAUUUUCUCAUGAUUUUAUAAUCUAGUAUCACAAUUCUUGUAAGAACCAAGUUUUUUCUUAAAUUAGUUCCUAUAAAAGUGUGAUAUUCUUCAUUGGUAGGUAAUUUAAUUAUUAAUCUUAGUUCAAAAAAUUAUAUUAAAUAUGUAUACUACAUAAAUUGGUAUCUUGAAAUCGAGUGUUCACACAUGAAAUUUUCAGGGUUUUUUACUUUGUGUCACAAUUACUCUUGUUAAAUAUAUGUUGUAAUAUUGUUGAAUAGUUUCUGGGUUUAUAAUUAUAAUAAUAAAUAAAUAAUUUCUAUGUUUAA